CUGAUCCAUUUCAACCCCCCGUCCUCACUCCAUUUCCUCUAUUAUCCCGUGAGACCUGAGCUUGACCUUUUUUCGGGGCUUUCUAUGCCGGCUUCUCUGUCUUUUUCUUCGCGGAGGAUGAUGGUAGCCUGGUUUGAUGGAAUCUUCUUUUCUUGUUCCACUUUCUUUUCUAGUUCUUGAGCCCAUCUGUUCACCUUCAUGUGGAUAUCUUUUGUUACUUUAGCCUUCUUCUUCAAAUAAGCUAGAUAUCCUGGGGUGAUCACUUUCUGAGCUUCUCUAUAGAUGUGAGUUUGAUAAAAUUUUAUCCGUUGGAUAAGUUCAAUCUGGCAUGUGGCACUGGGAAUUGGUGCAAUACAAGGAGGUGUUUGAAUGUUGAGUUGCCUCUAUCCCCGGCCGCCACCCCCCCCCCCUGUCCUCCAAAAAAAAAUCAAAAAGGAACGUUGAGCUGCCAAACCUGCAUCAUAUUGGACCAGCUUAAAAUGACUGAGCCAAAUAGAAAAAAGAGCAAGAAGUCAGAAGUAUUAUUGCCGAAGUAUUUAUUGGGGAAGACACUUGGAAUAGGAUCUUUUGGUAAGGUGAAACUUGGUCAGCAUGUUUUGACUGGAUUUGAAGUUGCUGUUAAGAUACUGAAUCUGCAAAAGUUAAACGAUGCAGAAGUAGAAAGAGUUAGACGUGAGAUUAAGAUAAUGGGACGACUUUCACAUCCUAAUAUCAUACGGCUAUAUGAGGUUAUCGAGAUAAAAUCCAAAAUUUAUGUUGUAAUGGAGUAUAUGAAUCAUGGGGGGCUAUAUGAUUAUGUUAUAGAAAGGGGUCGACUGAAGGAGGAUGAAGCUCGCCAUAUAUUUCGGCAGAUUAUAUGGGGUCUUGAAUUUUGCCACCUUAAUAAGGUGGUUCAUCGAGACCUCAAGCCGGAGAAUUUGCUUCUGGAUUUGCAACUCAAUGUUAAACUUGCAGAUUUUGGCCUCUGCAAUGUAAUGUGUGAUGGUCAUUUUUUGAAGACAAGCUGUGGAAGCCCAAAUUAUGCAGCACCUGAGGUAGUCUCAGGUAAAUUGUACGCUGGACCUGAGGUUGAUAUCUGGAGUUGUGGUAUCAUUUUAUAUGUUCUUCUGUGUGGAAGACUUCCUUUUGAUGCUGAUAAUAUUCCCAGUUUGUUCAAGCAGAUAAAGAAUGGACUUUACACCCUUCCAACUCAUCUAUCACCUUUAGCAAAGGAUUUAAUCAUUCAGAUUCUUGUUGUUGAUCCAUUGAGGAGAUUUACCAUUCCUCAAAUCCGUGAACAUCCAUGGUUUGAGUAUCAUCUUCCACAGUAUCUAGCUCUUCCUGCAGAAGAAGCAAGAAGAGGAACAAAAAAGGACCAUGACAUCUCCUAUUUGCACCAGCAGGGUGGUGCAGCUAAAAUUGCCAGGAACAGUCUUAAGCAGCAGCAACAUUGUAUUGAUAAUAGGAUAGCAUCUCCAAAACAUCAGUUUCCUGUUACAAGGCAUUGGACACUUGGAACUCAGUCACCAGCCCAUCCUCAAGAGAUAAUGGUGGAGAUUUUGGGAGUAUUACAGAGGUUAACUAUAUGCUGGAAACAAAUAGGAAAUUACAAUAUAAGAUGCAAGUGGAUUCCCAUCUUAUGGAGCGGGUUGCAAACUAAGUUAACCCUGGAUCUGAGACAUGACCCUAAUGAAGCAUCUGCUAGUAGGGAUGGUGACAUAGUGGACCCAAGGUUGCAAAAUGCCAUCAAAUUUGAAAUUCAGCUUUACAAGGCUCCUCAAAAAGUUUACCUGAUCGACCUGCAGAGGAUCAGCGGUCCACCAAUUCUUUUCCUUGACCUCUGUCUUUUGUUCUUCUCUCAGCUUCAGCUUCUGUAAUCCUUUAUGUCUUCCUUUCUGAUGCUUGGAUUUUCUAUAAUAUGUGACUACACAUGGUUAUUUAAGCCUUAUAAAGUUUUGUUGUUUUCAUUGGCAUUAAAUGUAAUGUCAUAUGAUCUUUGACAUUAUAUUAGUCUGUUGAUGUCU